AUGACUCGGACCGAAGAUUCAAGCAUCAUCGGCCAACCAGAAAAAAAUGAUGAACAACCAACAAUAGUUCCAUCCAGACACGUUUCAGAAACUGUAUUGCCAGCAUCAAUUACUCACGAAGAGAUUUCAUCAAAACGUGGAGAAUACGUAUUAACGACAAAUAAUGAAGUGGUGAGUGAGGAUGAUCCCUGCAGAGAACAACAACAUUUAUCUGCAGAAAACAAUAUUAUUGUCUCCGACGAAAAACGACUCUCGGAAGGCUCUUCUUGUGAUUCUCGGAAAGGACGUACUUCUUCAUGUAUGAAGAAUUCUAGAUCCAUUUAUGAAAUGUUUAUGAAUGGAGAGCUUGGAGAUGAUUUACAAGACGACGGAGAUGAUCGUUUUAAAGCCAAUUCGAACCGAAGAAAACAACUAGCAGCAAGUUGGCAAACAUUGACUCCACAACAAUGUGAUGUGUCCAUUUGUUUAGAUCCCAAAUUAAUUGAAUUACAAAUUGAAAGGAAAAAACAAGCUCUGGAGAAGAAUGGAGAGGAUCUUACGAAAAUUGUUUGCGAAGCGAAUGGAAGCGAAUACAAAUUUCCAAUGCCUUCUUCGUCAUCAUCGUCGUCGUCUUCGAAUAAGAAUAUUUCACCUCCAGUUGUUGCCACGACAAACACGACCACACGAAAAAGAAGUAUAACGGAUCCAGUGAAUCCAGGUGGUGCACUAGGUCGGCAAAGAAGUUUUAAUGCACCUACGGUUUCUGUGUCACCACUGAAUUCUCCAACCGACGAGGAAGGAACGAAACCUCUCUAUUUGAACAAUGAAAUUAUCAUUUCUCCUGUCGUUUCACCCUCAUCAACCACUCCUUCCACGAGUGAUACCACUGAAGCUAGCCCAAGAGUAAGAAUUAUGGAAGAAGACACAUCAGACUCGGAGCUCACUCAUGCGGCUGUGGAUAAAAAACAAUUGCAAGAUCUUGUCGUGGAUGACCUUCCUUCGGCGUAUAAUAUUGUCACCAAUCUGAAAAAACCUAGAAGAACAAUUAACAACUCCUCGGCAAAGAGAGGAUACACAACCAACCGACCCAGCUCUCUCUCAAUCACUUUCAACACUGUGACCAAUCUCAACACAAGUAUAAAACGGGCAACUAAGGAGCCAGUGGAAAUGAGAUCGAUUCAUAGGAACAGUGUUGUGUCAAACAAAUCUGUGACAACGGAACCAUCCGAAUUUGAAUCCCCUCCAGCAGAAUUUCAGAACAAGCUUUUCGACCUAUUCUGUAGUGUCAAGGUAGUGCUAUUUAUUUUGUUUAUUGCUACAGUAGCCAUGUGUGGCCUAAUUAUUUGGUGCACAAGUUAUCUCAUGUUAGAAUUUCAAGUAAUUCAAACAAUGGCAACCAGCUCCAAUGAGGAUAUAACAUCACUUUUGAAAAAUAGUUGGGUUUCUUCAGUUGUAAAUUUUGCUCCUUACAUUUUAACAAAUACCCGAUCCGUAAUGGUGGGCAUACAUGGAAAUAUGACCAUGAAAGAGACCAUUUCGUCAAAUCACAUACAUGUUCAGAGAAAGUUAUUCGCUCAAAUGGUUUCAAGGUCGACCAUGUUUAAUCAAAUUUUUGCUGUAGAUGUAUCAGGAAGCUAUUUUGGAGUAGUCAUUGAUUUACCGAGUGGAACCGAAAGUUUCAUCGUGUUCAAUAAUACCAAAUCAAUAUAUAUCACUGUAAUGAAAGACGGUAACUUGAUACCAGGAACUGAAAUGGAGAUACCCAAUUUUGAAGAUCCCACAUCGAACUCAACAUUUGGAAUGUUGAAACAAUCAAUUCAAAAACAAGUGGAAGAAGACGAAAAAAGAAUAGCGAAUGGACUGGACCCUCUGGAAACAUCUGUAUGGAGUAGCAUUUUCUACACAAAGAGUUCUGGUGAAACUUCAGUCUCAUGUGUAAUACCUUAUUAUUCUGGAAAGAGAUACACUGGAUUUUUAUCACUCUCCUUUUCCAUCGGUACUCUCUCGAACAAGCUCAGAACUCAAACACAACUCGAAAAAGGAAACAGAGCUUUUAUCAUUAGAAAAGAUGGUGCCAUGUUGGGCAGUACUCAUGGGCUCGAAAAUGUCACAACUGUGGAUGGAUCAUUGCUACAGGCUCACCAUGUCCAAGAUGCCGUAGUUUCCUCCAUAACGCAACAAUUAUUUUCAAUGUAUGGUACCUUCGAUCCCAUUUAUAAUUCUAAGGCUCUCAACACCAGUAACAUGCCUCGAUCCAUAUUUUUAAGAGAUUCAUUAGGAGCAGGACAUUUUGUUACAAUCAUGUCACUCACUGACAACAAUGACGACGCCCUAGAUUGGAUUAUUAUUCACACAACACCAAAAGAUAUAGCUUCCAAAUAUCUUGGACUUUCAAACGUUAUAAUUUUAAUUGUUACACUUGUUGUCAUUGCUAUCGCCUCAGGUGUCUCAGUACUGGUAAGCGUGCUUAUUUCACGACCAUUAGGAUCGUUAAAAAGAAGAGUCGACCGAAUGGCACAAAUGAAUUUUAAAACAAAGGAUGAAAGCGUACCCAUUACAUUUUCAGAAGUUCGUUCGAUUAUCACCUCUGUGAACAAUAUGGGAAAGGGACUACGAAGUUUUUCAAAAUAUGUACCAUCAGAUAUAGUUGCCUCAAUUGUACAAUCCAAUCAGCCAGCAGCUCUUGGAGUGCAAUGGAAAGUUGUUACACUGUAUUUUUCAGAUAUUGCAAGCUUUACCAACAUGACUGAAAAGAUGUCACCAGACCUACUUGUUGAGCUCAUGUGCGAUUUUUUCACUCAUCAGACAGACAUUAUCAUGAGUACAAAGGGAACCAUUGACAAGUUCAUUGGAGACUCAAUUAUGGCCUUCUGGAAUGACCCAACCCCAAUACGUGAUCAUGAAUUGGCAGCUGUAGAGAGCGCCUAUCUGUGUCAACAAGCCCUAGUUCCAUUCAAUAACAGAUGGAGAGAACGGUUGUGUAGUCAGAAAAAUCGUUACAAUGUGGAUUACAGCAAUUUUACUUUGAAAGUGAGAAUUGGAUUGCACACUGGAGAGUGCUUUAUUGGAAAUAUUGGUAGCGUGGAUCGAAUGAAUUAUACUUGCAUUGGUGACGCAGUGAAUACCAGCUCAAGAUUAGAAUCACUCAACUCCAUGUACGGAACAUCAAUAAUGAUCAGUGAAAAUGUCUAUGCCAAAGUACACAGAAAGUUCUUGUGUAAAUGGGUCGAUGUGGUUUGUGUGAAGGGUAAAGCGAUUCCUAUCAAUAUUUACAGUGUGAUUGACAAGAAGGAACAUGCUUCGUCUGAAGUCAUCAAAAUGUGUGCCGCUUAUCAAGCACUACGUGAAAUGUUUUUAAAUUUGCGUUUCGAAGAGGCCGUGGAAUUCAUAGAAGCCAAUGAAGAUAUACUGAGCUACAUGUCAGAAUCAAAAGAAACAGCCUCCUAUCAACUCAUUAAGAAGAAGUGUAUGGAAAGGAUGGACUUGGAUUUUCCAGAGAAUGAGGAAGAUUUAUUUUGGAUUGCCACUAAAUUAAACGAAAAGUAA